AUGAGAAUUCCUCUAGAAUUACUGCCACUCGGCAGCCUCUCGUCUUUUGACCUGUUUGGGUCUGUAAAAGACGGACAUAGCUUAGCUUCAUGCCCUUCGAACUUGCCAUUAACAUGUUCCAACCACACUGUCAUUGACGAUACAUGCUGUUUUGAAUUUCCUGGUGGGAUAAUGCUCCAGACUCAGUUUUGGGAUUAUAGCCCGCCUCGAGGCAUGGAAUCUGGUCCUUGGAAUGACGAACUAGAAAAGCAUCUGGGACCUAACACGUCUUUCACCAACCAUGGGCUUUGGCCAGACAACUGUGAUGGAGGAUAUCAGCAGUUUUGCGACAAUUCACGUCAAAUAGACGACGUUUACAAUCUUUUGAGGUCGAAGCAGUUUAAUCAAGAUGGUCUGGAGAUACAGGGGAAGGACCUGCUAGACGAGAUGAGCAAGCUGUGGAAAAGUAAUACUGGCGACGACGAGUCUUUGUGGAUCCAUGAGUUCAACAAACACGCCACUUGCAUUAAGACGUUGAGGCCCCAAUGCUACGCGCGGUGGAGCGGCACAAAUGGUGCUGAAAGCGCAGAGGACUACAACAAAAAAGCGGUUUAUGACUACUACAGAAUCGCCAUGAAGCUCUACCAAAGUCUAGAUACUUUCAAAGCUCUGGAAGAACACGGCAUUGUGCCCUCGGCAAUCAAAAGUUACAGCCGUGACGAAAUCAGCCAAGCCCUGAGCUCUGCAUUCCAGGACAAAAAGGUGUUCUUCAAAUGCGACCGCAGAAGAGGUUUAAACGAAAUCUGGUACUAUCACUUGUUGAAAGGAAGUCUGUUAGGUGAAGAUUUCAGAGCCGUGGACGCCUUGGGAGCCUAUUCGAACUGUCCGCAGGACGGCAUCAUGUUUUAUCCCAAAGGAUACAGACCCGGGCACGGGGGACAACCAGGAAAGCCUGGCAACGGCAAACGUGGUACUAGAGGUGUCAUUAGAGUGAGUGGCUUCACAGGCAUUAUAAUCAGAAACGGCCAUUGGAUGUCGUCUGGGACGCCAGCCAACUUCGAUCUCAUCGAGGCGCCCUUUGGAAACUACUAUCUCAAAUCCAGAACUGGCUACUGCGGUCCAGACGAUCGCCACGAUGGCGCAUUGAUUUGCAACAAGAGUGAGUCGAACGCGGCCCAGUUCGAAUACGACAGUCAGAAGGGAUACCUCGGGUUUUCUGGCAGUUUCGACUGGCACGCAGACGAAUAUCCACGAGGACGUCAACAAUCACUGGUCUACGCUGGUCGUUCCGAAGAUUCAAAAUAUCCAAUGAAACUAAAAUUUGUUAAACUUCACUAA